UUCGCGGAGCUCGGCCAGCCCUCCCGUCCGCGCACGCACCGAGAGCAGCGGCUGCAGUGCGUGCGCUCUGGUUAAAGCCCGGAUCCCUUCACUGUGAAGGCUGGGCGCUGGGAAGGAGGACCGUUUUGGCCUCGUUUUGGGCUGAGAGAAGAGGCUGACCCCCACCCCCCGUUCACAUAUGGCUCCUCUGUAGGACGGGAUCCAUCUUCACCUGGGAUUGUGGAAAGGAACGUACUUCAAGAAACAACGCAAGAUACCCUGAAGUCGCCCAGAAGUUUUGUUCACUUGCGGGGCGCGCAACCAUGGAGAUGCAAAGGUGGUCCACAAGGUGGAAAACGAAAGGAUGCUUUAUGGAUUCCGCUGUAACCACAUUCAUUACUUUAAGCCUGCUUCUGCAGGCUGCUGUCACGGCAGCAGAGCCAGUGGAUGUCCUAAAAGUAUUAGCAUUUCAAAAUUACCCCGAAGGAGUGACAAAAACAUCGGGAUUUUGUGCAAACCGAAGAGCAUCGAAGCCAGACUCAGCUUACAGAGUUGCCAAGCAGAUCCAGAUCAGUGCCCCCACCACACAGCUAAUGCCUGGUGGUGUUUUUCCUGAGGAUUUCUCCAUCCUGACCACUGUGCGCCCCAAAUCUGGAAUCCAGUCCUUCUUGCUGUCCAUUUACAAUGAGCAGGGAGUCCAGCAGCUGGGCAUGGAAGUGGGACGCUCACCUGUCUUCCUGUACGAGGAUCAGACUGGCAAGCCGGCUCCGGAGGACUACCCCCUGUUCCGUGCGCUCAAUCUUGCCGAUGGAAGGUGGCACCGCAUCGCCAUCAGCGUGGAGAAGAAGACCGUCACCAUCAUUGUAGACUGUAAGAAGAAGAUCACCAAGCCUCUCCUGAGAAGCGGCAGCGGCUCCAUCAGCACCAGCGGCAUCACUGUGUUUGGCACCAGACUUCUGGACGAGGAGGUUUUCCAGGGUGACAUCCAGCAGUUUCUGAUUGUCGAUGACCCCAAAGCAGCAUACGACUACUGUGAACAUUACAGCCCAGACUGUGACACCCCCCACAGUGAUUCCCUGCAGGCCCAGGAGCCGGAGGAGUAUACUACUGAUCUAGAUUACUCUCAGUACUAUGAAUACACUGAGGAAGGAACAGACAACGCUCCGAUCGAUGAGUAUUCUGAACCACAGCUAAACAAUUUAGAGGGAGAUUACAAUACAGACAUUGACUACGGAACUGUAGACGGUUCUCAGACUCAGUCCCCCUUUGCCGCGAGUGAAACCAAUGAGAAGGCUGUGGAGGAGGAUUUUGUCGGUGCAUACUUGACCGAGGCCACUCCCAUUGCUCCAGAACCCGACACUGUCCCAGAAACGGGGGACAACGUGGAUGUUGGUGCGGAAUCAUAUGACUUUAAGGAAUAUGACCUAAAGGAGUAUGAUUUGGGCGAGGUUGACAGCAGGUUGUAUGAUUAUGGGGCGUAUGAUGAGUACGGAACGGCCCCGCCCAGACCCCCGGCCAGGAACCAGGAUGAGGUGGGGCCUGGGGUAGCUGCUGAAACCGACGUGUCUGAAAGUACCAUUGCUGGUGCUGACGGGGUCCUCGGCCAGAAGGGUGAGAAGGGCGAGCCGGCUGUUAUUGAACCAGGAAUGCUGAUUGAAGGACCCCCUGGACCACCGGGCCCAGCUGGUCUUCCAGGACCCUUGGGCCUACAGGGACCCCCAGGCACUUCUGGAGAUCCUGGUGACAGAGGUCCUCCUGGUCGUGCCGGUCUCCCUGGUGCUGAUGGUUUACCGGGACCUCCCGGUACCAUGCUGAUGCUGCCCUUCCGUUUCGGUGGUGACGGCGAGAAAGGUCCAGUGGUGUCGGCCCAAGAAGCCCAAGCACAAGCCAUCCUGUCCCAGGCCAGACUGGCUAUGAGGGGCCCCCCCGGGCCGAUGGGCUUGACUGGAAGAUCCGGGCCGGUGGGCCAACCUGGUUCUGGUGGACUGAAAGGAGAAUCUGGAGACCACGGUCCUCAGGGUCCACGGGGCGUCCAAGGCUCUCCGGGACAAAUGGGCAAAUCUGGCAAGAGGGGUCGUCCCGGCGCCGACGGUGCCCGCGGGAUGCCCGGGGAGUCGGGCUCUAAGGGGGACCGAGGGUUCGAUGGACUUCCGGGGCUGCCUGGUGAAAAGGGACACAGGGGAGAGCUGGGGCACAUGGGACCACCAGGGGCCCCUGGAGAGGACGGGCAGAGAGGCGAAGAUGGAGAGAUUGGGCCCCGAGGAUUAGCUGGAGAGAGUGGUCCCAGAGGUUUGCUGGGACCUCGUGGUCCUCCCGGACCCCCUGGAGCCCCUGGUGUUGCCGGAGUCGACGGCCCUUCAGGUCCCAAAGGAAAUAUGGGACCACAAGGGGAGCCGGGCCCACCCGGGCAGCAGGGGAUCCCCGGAACGCAGGGUCUUCCUGGUCCUCAAGGUCCCAUCGGACCACCUGGAGAAAAAGGACCUCACGGCAGGUCGGGGCUGCCUGGAUUACCUGGAGCUGAUGGGCCUCCCGGUCAUCCUGGUAAAGAAGGUCCUCCCGGGGAGAAAGGAUCCCAAGGUCCAUCAGGUCCCCAAGGUCCGAUCGGUUAUCCCGGCCCUCGUGGGGUCAAGGGAGCUGAUGGCGUCCGUGGUCUGAAGGGUGGAAAGGGAGAGAAGGGUGAGGACGGUUUCCCCGGUUUCAAAGGGGACAUGGGACUCAAGGGUGACCGGGGAGAGCUUGGCAUGAUCGGGUCCCGUGGAGAGGACGGCCCUGAGGGGCCGAAAGGCAGAGCUGGACCCGGGGGGGAGUCGGGACCUUUAGGUCCAGCUGGAGAGAAGGGUAAACUGGGCGUCCCGGGGUUGCCGGGUUACCCUGGACGACAAGGACCUAAGGGCUCAAGCGGUUUCCCUGGGUUCCCUGGAGCUAACGGCGAGAAAGGAGCAAGGGGCGUUGCAGGCAAACCUGGUCCCCGAGGGCAAAGAGGUCCGACGGGUCCACGCGGUGGUCGAGGAGCCAGAGGUCCAACAGGGAAACCUGGGCCCAAGGGCACAGCAGGCAACGACGGCCCCUCGGGACCCCCCGGUGAGAGAGGACCUCAAGGACCACAGGGCCCGGUGGGCUUCCCCGGACCAAAGGGACCCCCUGGACCUCCUGGGAAGGACGGGCUUCCCGGACACCCUGGUCAACGUGGAGAGACGGGUUUCCAAGGAAAAACCGGUCCACCAGGCCCAGGAGGUGUCGUUGGCCCCCAGGGACCCACUGGAGAAACUGGUCCUGUAGGUGAGAGAGGACAUCCUGGACCUCCUGGUCCACCCGGAGAGCAAGGUCUUCCAGGUGCUGCUGGCAAAGAGGGAUCCAAGGGAGAUCCUGGACCCCAAGGAUCGUCUGGUAAAGACGGCCCCCCUGGCCUCCGCGGCUUCCCUGGAGAGCGAGGUCUACCCGGCGCCACGGGUCCAGCAGGUCUGAAGGGAGGAGAGGGGCCCCAGGGUCCACCUGGUCCAGUUGGUUCUCCUGGUGAGAGGGGUCCUUCCGGUCCAGGUGGUCCAGUCGGCCUUUCUGGUAGACCUGGUCCUCAAGGUCCCCCGGGGCCCGCUGGAGAGAAAGGUGCACCUGGUGAAAAAGGACCUCAAGGUCCGGCUGGUCGGGAUGGAGUGCAGGGCCCCGUCGGCCUGCCCGGGCCUGCUGGACCUCAGGGCCCUCCUGGGGAGGACGGUGACAAGGGAGAGGUUGGAGAGCAUGGCCAGAAAGGAAGUAAGGGUGACAAGGGAGAGCAGGGUCCUCCUGGACCAGCUGGUCUCCAAGGUCCCAUCGGUGCCCCGGGUCCAGCCGGAGCCGAUGGAGAGCCUGGUCCCAGAGGUCAGCAGGGUAUGUUUGGACAGAAGGGAGAUGAAGGUUCCAGAGGUUUCCCUGGACCACCUGGCCCAAUCGGUCUGCAGGGGCUGCCUGGACCUCCAGGGGAGAAGGGGGAGAACGGUGAUGUCGGGCCCAUGGGUCCUCCCGGUCCCCCUGGCCCCAGAGGUCCUCAGGGUCCCAGUGGAGCUGAUGGUCCACAAGGUCCUCCAGGUGGUGUGGGCCCCCUGGGAUCUGUGGGGGAGAAGGGUGAGCAAGGUGAGGCUGGAAACCCGGGACCAUCUGGAGAGCCUGGAACCGGCGGUCCUAAAGGUGAGAGAGGAGAGAAAGGAGAAGCUGGCCCCCCUGGAUCUGCUGGACCAGCUGGUCCCAAAGGACCCCCUGGAGAUGACGGUCCAAAGGGCAACCCUGGUCCUGUCGGAUUCCCAGGUGACCCUGGUCCCCCUGGAGAGCCCGGUGUUGCUGGUACUGAUGGAGAAUCAGGAGAGAAGGGAGAGGAUGGUGAAUCAGGUCAACCAGGUCCUCCAGGUCCGUCCGGAGAAGCUGGCCCGCCCGGCCCACCUGGAAAGAGAGGACCUCCGGGGACUGCCGGUGCAGAGGGCAGGCAAGGAGAGAAGGGCGCCAAGGGUGAAGCGGGUUCCGAGGGCCCAGCAGGUAAAACGGGACCGGUGGGACCCCAGGGACCUCCAGGAAAAGCCGGUCCGGAGGGUCUGCGUGGCAUCCCCGGCCCCGUUGGUGAACAAGGCUUGCCCGGCGCCCCAGGACAAGACGGCCCACCGGGCCCAAUGGGCCCUCCCGGCCUUCCAGGUCUGAAAGGCGACCCCGGGUCUAAAGGUGAAAAGGGUCACCCAGGUCUAAUCGGUCUGAUUGGACCCCCUGGAGAACAAGGAGAGAAGGGAGACCGAGGUUUGCCCGGGCCCCAGGGUACUCCUGGCAGUAAGGGUGAUGGCGGUAUCGGUGGAUCUUCUGGUCCACUCGGUCCCCCAGGUCCUCCUGGUCUACCUGGUCCUCAAGGCCCCAAGGGAACCAAGGGUUCAUCUGGUCCCGCUGGUGCCAAGGGAGACACUGGUGCGUUGGGUCCUCCCGGUCCUCCUGGCCCCCCAGGCGAGGUCAUCCAGCCUCUGCCCAUCCAGUCCCCCAAGAAGAGCAAGCGCUCCAGCGGCAUGCAGGCGGACGCGGCGGGCACCAUCAUGGACUACGGCGAGGGCAUGGAGGACAUCUUCGGCUCGCUCAACAACCUCAAGCAGGACAUUGAGAGAAUGAAAUACCCCAUGGGCACACAGAACAACCCGGCCAGGACGUGCAAGGAUCUCAAGCUCUGCCACCCGGAGUUCACAGAUGGCGAGUACUGGAUUGAUCCGAACCAAGGCUGCUCUGGGGAUUCCUUCAAAGUCUACUGUAACUUCACCGCUGGGGGUGAAACCUGCAUCCAUCCAGAUAAGAAGUCCAACGGAGUCAGAAUAUCAUCUUGGCCCAAAGAAAUCCCCGGUUGGUUCAGUGAAUUCAAACGUGGUAAAAUAUUCUCCUACGUUGACGCCGAAGGAAACUCGAUAAACAUGGUACAGAUGACCUUCCUCAGACUACUGACGGCCUCGGCCAGGCAAAACUUCACCUACAGCUGCCACCAGUCCGUGGCGUGGCACGAUGCCUCCAGUGACACUUACGACAAGGCACUGCGCUUCAUGGGCGCCAACGACGAGGAGAUGUCCUUCGACAACAACCCGUACAUCAAGGCCAUCUCAGACGGAUGCGCGACGAGGAAGGGCUACGGAAAGACUGUGAUUGAGAUCGAUACUCCCAAAAUCGAUCAGGUUCCAAUCAUGGAUGUCAUGUUGACUGACUUUGGGGACCCUAACCAGAAGUUUGGGUUUGAAGUUGGCCCCGUCUGCUUCCUCGGCUAAAUGAAAAUGAACAAAGCAAAAAAAAAAUUAAAAACGAAGGACUUGAUGGGGACAGCAAAGAAAAGUCAAGUUGAGACAUUCUGGUUACCACCAAACCCCAGUUUUAGCCCCUCACCCUUUUCUAUGCCACAUGCAAGUUUUGAAUAUGAGAUGGUGUAGCAAGCAUGUCUUUCCAUGUAUGUAUGUGUAACCCAGGAAAAUACUUGCCCUUGUGGGGCUCGAACCACAUGACUCAACCAUGUUACGGAGCAAAGGUGAAGGACGAUGGAAUGCGUGGCAGAAGAGGGUGACUCGGACGUAACCAAGAGGCGACAUAAGGGGAAACAGGUGUCCUCUCUGGAUCCUCCAGGUGCUGUAUGAAAAUGACUCAAUGGUGCUUGAUCAAAACACACAAAAAAAAGUAUAUCAAGGUGCUAAGAAAAGAAGGUGUAUUUUGAUAUUAAUUAAAAAAAAAGAAACUGUAAUUAUUAUUUUGUACAAUACUGUUAUUUUUAAAUCCACUUUCAAAACUUGCAUGUGUAUCCGAUUCUGCUAUUGGCUCCUUCAUUUCAAUGUUGGUUCAAAGAUAUACGGUGUAAUUUAAAGACAUCAUUAAAUCAAAUAAAUUUAUCAUUCUGCUCUCUUCGUUUUGUUCACCACAUUCUGCGUACAUUUUAUUUUGCGUACAAAAUAAGAAAUAAAAAAAAGUGAGCAUUCAAACAACCCUCCACUGCUAAAUUCAACUGCAUGCCCUUUGUAUAUAUAUUGGCAGUUCACAGCUUGAGGUCAUUUGCUGUUUUACCCUUGUGACUGUAGGUGAAACAACUAGAAGUAUCGCACCAGCACGUACAUGGCAACAUCUCCCACUAAUGUUGUGAUUCUGUGCCUUUAGGGGGCAUUAUGACAUCCAUUUUACUUUAUUUAAAUCUAUUUGUUUGUUUUUUUUCUCUGUUUCAUUCUUUGACAGGCUUUUAUUUUGGUUGUAUACCUCAAACUUUCUUGAUGACCUUUAAGAUGCAAGGAUGCUAUGCCCUGUAUAUACCUUGGUUAAACAAUUAAGUUUAUAUAUUUUGGGUGGGGAUUUUUUAAGAGAAAAAUACCUUUACUGUUAGACAUCCACUGUUCAAAUCCUUCUGUGAAUGCAAUGAGACGCCCUCGUGGUGACCCAUUUUUGUAACUAAAAUGAGAAAAUGUUUUAAUGUGCUUUUAUAGUUCAUUUAAAUAUUAAAAAUGGAUUAUAAACAACA